UAGAACUUUCAUUUCGUUGAACGCGAUUUAACUAGAUUUCACGCGAUUUCGAAGUUGCCGCGCACCUCGAUGACCAAUAGCUGCGCUCGGGCGUAUGCGCAGUGUACACUCCUUUGGCGGGUUUUGAGUGUCCGUUUGGUUGCUGCCUCGACGCUGAAUAUAUGUGUUUGAAAAAUUUGCAUGCCAACAUGACCGUUACGCCUCGUUUCCCUUGCGAUGAAAUCCGAGUUUCAAAUGAAUAGAGAAGAAUUUAUAAAGAGAUUACGGACGUCGAUUGCCCACAUCUAUCAGACGUCGAAGCAGCUGAACAUGAAUUCCGAGGUCCGCAGGAGGAAGCUGAAUCGACGUAACGGUCUACGCCAGGAUGGCCAGUUGGCCGCUGAGACUCGCGCUCCUGUCCAGCGCCCUCAUCCUUGUCCGUGGACGGGGAGUGGUGCUGGAUAGUCAGGGUCCUGUGCUGAUCUCGGAGCCACGCUCGUCGGUCGAAUUCUCGAACGAGACCGGGACAAUGAUCCAUUGUUCGGCCCAAGGCAGCCCACCACCGAGGAUUGAUUGGCUUAUGGGAGACGGGUCACCGGUGCUCCCUAUACCGAACAUCCGCGAGACGUUGGUAAACGGUUCGAUGUACUUCUUACCGUUCAGAGCGGAGAGCUAUCGGCACGACGUCCACUCGGCCGUUUACAGAUGUCAAGCCUCGAACAGCGUCGGCAGAGUGUUGGGCCGUGAAAUCACGGUAAAGGCCGUGGUGCGUCAGAAGUACGAGGUCGUGGUGAAGGAUGUCUUCGUCCUGGCCGGGAACACCGGGGUGAUCAGGUGCGAUAUACCGACGUUCGUUAAGGAGUACGUGGCGGUCACGUCCUGGGUCCGGGACUCGAACUUCAACAUCUUCCCCACGCCGAGGGGCGAUGAUAAAUAUCAUAUGCUGCCGACCGGCGAGCUGCUGGUGUUCUCGGUGACUUCGUCCGACGCCCGUUCCAGUUAUCGGUGCCGGACCGUCCACCACGUCACAGGCGACACCGUGGAAAGUUCCUCGUACGCCCGGCUCAUGGUGACCGAACAUCGAAACCCAGUCUCGCCAAGGUUCAACGAGCGAGUGAGCCCGGCGCCGAUCAGGAUAGGGGAGACGAUCGUGCUGUCCUGCAUCUCCCAAGGCAUACCGCCGCCGAUGUACCUGUGGUUUCGCGAGUCGGUGUCCGGCUCGGCGAUGAUCUUCAAUUCCGAGAGGGUGCACGCCAGGGAGGGCGUGCUGGUGCUGCAAUCGGCCAGGGCCGAGGACGCCGGACGAUACGUCUGUCACGCCAACAACACGGCCGGCUCCGAGAGGGUCGAACUCGAAGUCUCUAUUAUAAGUAGCCUCUCGAUCCACCUAGCGGCUCAACAGGACACCGUCGACUUGGGGAAGGACGCGGAAUUCCAGUGCUCCGUCACCGGGCAGCCCACGCCGACGAUCUCGUGGACGAAGGACGGGCUUCCGGUGCGGGAGAGCGCCUCCGGCAGGAACAAGAUCACCGGCACCGACGGCUCGACGCUCCACAUAUCCUCGAUCGUCAGGGACGACAAGGGGAUGUAUCAGUGUUUCGCGCAUAACGACUACGAGAUGGUCCAGGCGACCGCGGAGCUGCGCCUCGGGGACGCAGCGCCGCAGCUACUCCAUAAAUUCAUCGAACACACCAUGCAGCAGGGCCCCACGGUCUCCCUGAAGUGCGUCGCCACAGGAAACCCGACGCCGCACUUCUCUUGGUCCCUGGACGGAUUUCCUCUACCGCAGAACGACAGGUUUAUGAUAGGGCAGUAUGUGACGGUGCACGGCGAGGUAAUAUCGCACGUGAACAUAAGCGCGGUGCGCGUCGAGGACGGCGGGGAGUACCGGUGCUCGGCGUCGAAUCGGGUGGCGAAGGUCCACCAUUCCGCCCGUCUCAACAUUUACGGGCAUCCCCACGUACGACCGAUGGGGAACUACGCCGCGGUGGCCGGAGAGACCACCGUCAUCAAAUGCCCGGUCGCUGGUUUCCCGAUCACGAGCAUCACCUGGGAGAAAGACGGUAAGAUCCUGCCGACCAGCCGCCGGCAGCAGGUGUCUAACGGCACUCUGGUGCUGCACAGCGUGGACAGCAGCACCGAUCGCGGUGCUUACACCUGCACCGCGAUGAACAGCCAGGGUAUCUCGGACUCUCAGACGAUAAACAUCGAAGUGAAAGUACCGCCUAAAAUCGAUCCGUUUAGCUUUCCUGACAAGAUACAAGAAGGCCAGAGGGUGCAGGUGACCUGCGCCGUCAGCAAGGGUGACUCACCGUUGAAGAUCACCUGGCUGAAGGACGGGAGACCGGUGGACCCGGCGGAGGCGAAGUUGCACCAGCUCGGCCCGUUCUAUCUCGCGUUGCAGAUCGAGAGCGCGUCCACGGCGCAUAACGGCAACUAUACGUGCGUCGCGAGCAACGACGCCGCCGAAACCUCACGCACCGCCACGCUGUUGGUUCACGUGCCGCCCCGAUGGGACAUGGAGCCGCAAGAUGUUCGCGCCUCGGAGGGCAAGUCGCGGCUGGUCCUCCAUUGCCACGCGGACGGCUUCCCGCCGCCGGAAGUCACGUGGCGGCGCGCCAGCGGCAAGCAGCCCGGCGAUUACCGCGUGAUCGCCGCUCACGAGCACGCGCAGGACCUGAGGAUACACUCGAACGGCUCGCUGGUGUUCGCCAGGGUGCAGGAGGACCACGAGGGCUUCUAUCUGUGCGAGGCGAUGAACGGGAUCGGCGCCGGCCUCAGCAAAGUCGUGCAUCUCACUGUGAAUGUUCCGGCGAAGUUUGUGGAGAAGCAUCGCAAUCAAACGGCGCGGCUGGGCUCAAACGCGUCGCUGCGCUGCGAGGCGAAGGGCGAUCACCCGUUGAAAAUACUUUGGAAGAAGACCGGCGCGCAGCUGGAGCAGAAGCUGUCCGAUUACCGUUACAUGCUGAAAGAGGAGAACACCACGGACGGUAUGAUCAGCACCCUCGAGUUCUUCAGCACCAGCCGCGAGGACAGCGGGAAAUACGUGUGCAUCGCGUCGAACGAGCACGGCAACGACGAAAUGACGAUUCACCUGUAUAUACAAGAACCGCCAGACUUUCCGCGCAGCCUCCGCGUGGUCGAGAAAGGCAGCCGAUACAUCAACAUCAGCUGGAUGACCAGCCAGGAUGGCAACAGUCCCAUCACGCAGUACAUUGUCGAGUACAAGACCGACACUGAAGUGUGGCACGAGCACACGUUCCACACGACGGUGCCGGGCGUCCAGGCCCACGCGCGCGUGAGCGGUUUGCGUCCAGCGGUCACUUAUCAGUUCCGAAUUUACGCGGAGAACGAGCUCGGUCGUAGCCAGGCGAGCGACAUUUUGGAAACGACCACCGAGGGCGAGAAGCCCGGCGGACCGCCGCGAAAUCUCAAGGUGGAUCCCGUCAGCUCGACCGAGUUUAACGUCACCUGGGAUCCACCUGAUCAUGAUUUAUGGAACGGCGAGAUACUCGGCUACCACAUCGGCUACAAGGAACAUCGGUUGGCAGCGGACCAGUACACCUACAGGACCGUCGAGCGACCAAUUUCCACAGCGAGCGUCGCCUUAGGAUUAGCGAGGCCCUCGAUGCCCGGCAGACAAUACCAACUGACGAACUUGAAGAAGUUCACCCGGUACAAUGUCGUGGUGCAGGCUUACAACGCGCUCGGCCAGGGUCCCACGACGCCGGAAGUGGUCGCGACCACCCUCGAGGACGUGCCGAGCAGCCCGCCCCAAGACAUACGGUGCACGGCGCUCUCCUCGCAAUCACUGCAGGUCUCGUGGGACACGCCGCCCGACUACAGUCUGAACGGCAUCUUGAAAGGGUACAAGGUGAUAUGGGAGAACAUGGACGCGCUGACGGAGACCAGCAAAUCCGAGAUGAACACGAACGCACUGACCGUCGCGAUCCACGGCCUCGGCAAGUACACGAACUACUCUGUCCAAGUGUUGGCCUCGACGAGGGCCGGGGACGGGGUCGCCUCGAUGCCCUACUAUUGCGUCACCAAGGAGGACCUGCCCGACGUGCCGGCCGGCGUGAAGGCGGUCGUCAGCUCGGCGACGUCAAUUAUCGUGUCCUGGCAACCGCCCCUCAGAAGCAACGGAAACAUCACCUCGUACAACGUCCACAUCCGCGGCGUCGGCCCGGAGGGAGAAUGGUACAAACGCUCGAUGCAGCCGCACCAGACCAGCUAUCAGGUCGAAAGUUUGCAGAAGAGGAAUCAGUACGAGUUCAGUAUCGCGGCGGUUACGUCGGUCGGCGAGGGGCCGCGAACGCAGCCUAUCACCAUCGCCCCUUCCAACGAAGUGCGGGCAUCGGUGUACUCCUUCGGCACCGUGCUGGUGGUUCCCUGGAAGCAGGUCGUCACGCUGCCGUGCCAGAGCGUCGGGAAGCCGGAGCCGUCGGUGACGUGGAAACAAUGGGGCCAAAUAGUGAAAUCGUCGGCGCGGGUGUCCCUGUUACAGAACGGUUCGUUGCAGAUCAUGGAUCUUCACAGGGAGGACAGCGGGAAUUAUACGUGCUACGUGGAGAACCGCCAUGGCUCCGACCACAUCACGCAUCGUUUAACCGUGCAAGUUCCACCGGCAGCCCCGUUGCUCCACGCGACCAGCGCCACCAGCGAUUCGAUCAACGUGCAAUGGAAGAACGGCGACGACGGCGGUGCGCCGAUCAGGGGCUACAUUCUCCAUUACAAACGCGAGUCCGGCGAAUGGGAGGAGGUGAAGGUGUCCCACAAGAUCAACAGUUUCGUUCUGUCGCCGCUGUGGUGCGGGAACGAUUAUCAGAUGUAUUUGACCGCGUACAAUCGGAUCGGCAUGGGGUCGCCCAGCGAGAUCGUGAAGGCCACCACGAACGGAUCGAAGCCCGACGACUCGCCGAGCAACGGCAAUAAAUUCGUGACGGUGAACAUCUCGUGGAUCACGCUUCAUCUGAGCAUGUGGAACGACGGCGGGUGCCCGAUCACAUAUUUCGAGCUCGAGUACAGGAGGAGCGGCGAGGACAUUUGGACGUUGGUUUCGAAUAACAUCGAGGUACAAAAGACGUACACGCUCAGCGAGCUGCAAUCCGGAACGACCUACGACAUCCGCGUGAGGGCGCACAAUAACGCGGGCUUCUCGGUCGCCGAGUACAGAAUAACAACUUUGCAGUCUCACACCAGCAGCACGAUGCCGGCGUUCGAGAUCGAUCAGUACAUACCGCAGCAUUCCUCGGUCUACUCGGAUCUGAAGCUGAUUAUCCCCCUGAUACUGUGCUCUCUGGCGAUUAUCACCGCGGCUGGCGCUGUAUUUUACUGUUUCCGGAAACGUCCGUUUAUAGGGGAAAUCGCAAGCCUCCACGACGCCCAAACCGCUGCCGCCUUAGACAAUAAACAAAACAUGGAGCAGCGGGAACAAUACUACGCCACCGUACGGAAACCGCCGCGGUCGCCCAUACACGAGAUGGCUACUUUAGAGAAGAUCCCAGAAUACUCGGAGGAGAUCUAUCCGUACGCGACGUUCCAGCUCGAGGAGAGCGUCCCGCCAGGAGGCGACAGUCGGUGUAAUUCCGCCGCGCCACUUCAAACCUUCGUCUAUCACGAUCCUCGUCUCUCCGCCGCCGACACUCUUCAAUUACGAGAGUCGGAUUGCAACCGGUACACUAAGGUGCGCGGAGGCCGUUCGUCCUCUGCGCCGUUGCACAAAACGCGGAAAGUCAGUCAGGGCAAGUCCGAGUCGGAGGAAUACGACACCCUGGGCUCGGAUAGCGACACGGAAGUCGGGACCAGCAGCCGAACCGAGUCUUCCAAUCACCUCGUCGAUUCGCACCACUCGGUGUCUGCGGCCGACUCGCGGGUCCACAACUUCCUGUACCAUGGACCAGAAUCUAGCACGUCUACAGAACCCUCACCGAUUUUUGAGAGAAAAUCGUUUCCUGGACGGGGAAGACCCAAGAUGUUACAGCUGGCGCGUCAUACCAGCGAGGAGACCCGUUCCAACUUCGGCCCAAUCUCCGGGCUUGGCAAUCCCAAGUACCAGUCGCACAAUUCCUGUUCCAAUCGGGACCAGGAGCGUGACGGAUCGGGAAACCUGUUCAUCCCCAAGCUGGACCCACCCUCGGGGUUCUCCGACGCGUUUGAGCUAAGCGAGGCGGAGUGCGAUCGCGGCCACAGCAGCCAACGAAAUGUCCGCGACUUCGUGAUCGCGGUGUAAAUAAAAAGAAAAAAAAGAAAAGAAAAGAAUAUAGUAGAACGUACGGUGAACGGUACUGGUCCUCCGUGACGCUGCGCGAUACAUUAACGAGGCGAAACGAUACGCGAAGAGUUACGUUCCAGCUUAUCUCGAUGUAAACGCGAAUGGAAAACGCGAUGGAACUAAACAACGGAUAGAAGUAAAAGAAACAGCUAGAAACAGAGAGAGAAAGAGAGAGAGAUGAAAGAGGAGAUGUCAAAGGAGAACCCGAUGGUCCGUCUUUCGUUAAUUACUAAUAUGGCCGUCGCGGCGCUGCCAUUCAAAAUGUACCCCCACACUAUUCGUGUUCCUGGCCUACGAGUCGACGAGGGGAGGAGCCGUCGAAUCCUGUUCUACAGAGAAACCGUACUGACCCGACUAUGUGUUCUUCUUCGGACUGCGACCUCGUACGAGCCACCGCCGAACAACUCGAUCUUCUCGUUCGCGUUCCGUUUCCAUUUCCCGGCUCGCGACGAGCUUCGUCUCGAACGAUCGCCCCGUUCCGAGCGAGGACUCGGCCACGACUAACGUCCUCGAACGGCUUCGAGUGGAAAUUUAUCGAAUUUACCGACUGCCAUUUCGUUUCGACGGAACUAAUUAUUCUAUAAGAGGCUUCGCCCGCGCCCGCCUCGACCCCCGCCCACCGCCCCCCCCCCUGCUCGGCGGAGCAGGCGGAUUCACGUUUACAUUAUCCCGCGAAGCAGCGCUGUCCGACAAUGGGACCGUUCGCUCGCCUCCGCCGGUGACAUUUUAAUGAACGGUUCAUAAAGAAUGAUAAAGAGUACGCCGAGAUCCGUUCCGGGCAUUCCUACGGAGGUCCGACUAAAUGGAAUUCUUUCUUGCUCGUUAAUGCUGAAAUAUUCGUUCCAUUUGUAACCGGAGCUUUAAAAUAUCCGAUAACAUGAUACGGUACUAUUUGUACGGAAUUUAUUAAAUAUUUCAUGCGGUACGUGGAACGUGGAGAACGGUUACACGGAUACGGAGAAGGAUACCGCUUGCUCUUGCGCUCCUUUUUCCCUCGACUCCGUUAACGAAGUCUCAACGCGUUGAAUGCCAUGGGGUUAUCCCCAGAUUACUAUAGUUAAUUGAACGACGGUUAUUUGAAAACGUUUCUGUAUUAAAUAAUGCCCAAGAUGAUAUUUAACUAGAUGCACGUGUAAUAGCAAUUCAAUCGAAUGAUUUAAUAUUACAUUUCUUCCAUUUUAUGCGCUCUAUGAAAUCUAACAUUCAACGUGUUAACCUUUAAGUAUGGACGUGUAACAGACUGUUCAAUCGAUCUCAUUUAUGUCAGUAUUUCUAGGUUUAAUUAUGCUAACGGUGUAAUAUCUGUUACAUAUCUCGUAGCAAAGGUAUGAAUUAUAUAAAUUUAACUGGUCACAAAAUUCACAAUAUUUUCUAUAGAGCUCUGCGAGACGUCCGUGGUGCAAAAAUCGAAUCACGUCUAUACUUAACCAGUUAACUGUGUUCGACGAGUAUACACGUCAUCUUAAAACUCUUAAUGGUGCUAACUUUUUCAACGAUGGAUUUAUUAUGUGAUUCUUCUUCGUUUCGCUUUAGUUUUUCGUUAAGAUAUAUUUUAAGUGCAUUUGGCAUGCAUUCAACGAGUAUACACUUCAUUAUUUGAUUUUAUUGCGACAAUGAGAGACUUUUCAAACUAAAUUCCACACUUAACUGGUGAAAGGUUAAGAUCAUAGGUGACGAAGUAAAGAAAAGAGUAUCGCUUGUUUCCCAUUGAAAAGCGUUCCGUUGAGCGUCUCGGUUUGUCGAGGAGGGAACGAGGUAGAGAAUGGUCCGUCUCACUCGUUAACAAAGCACGGACAGCGCUCGCUUGAACUAAACCGCGGCUACCGGCGUCCUUUGAGUCCGUUUCACGCAAAGACUGCGACAAAAUGUUUGUCCGUAAGCGAUUUAAGGGUUCACCCCCGCCACGGGGGCCUCCUAUUACCUUUACUGUCGGUAUUAUUAUUAGCGGUUACGUCGAUUCACGCGAAUCCUCGCGUGGCCGACAGUACGGCCACCGUUCGCAGCGGGAUCGCGAGGUAAAAACGGUUUUCAUUGGAUCGAGUGCAUAUCCCGGCGGGCAGUAUACGUAAUGCGCGGUGGUCUGUUACGAGUUUCCUUGGUCUUUCAAUGUCCGCGGGUGUCCCAACCACCGAUUUCCGGGCGCAUCGUUCCUUUCGGGAGAGACUAAAUGAAAGCGAAUCGCUGCCAGUCAGCGGCUGUCCCCACUAUUCUCAGCGGCCCGCGGAAGCAUGCGUUAUACGUGUAAUAAAAUUAAGGAAGCUACGGAUGGUUUAGACGACUUAAGCGAUAAAUAAGUAAUGAAAGCGAAAAAAAAGCAAGAAAAUGAUAAAAAAUAAAUGCCAUGAUGUUCGUCGUUGUCAUCGGUGUCGUUUCAAUUACAGAGAGAGACUGAAAACAAACGUUUUAAAGUAGACAGGC